AUGAAAGUUCAGAAAUUUGAAGUGAAUUUUUCGAAUCGUGAGGGAGUGUUUAUCACUGGGGCCAAUGUUGAAGGACAUGUUUUUAUUAAUCUGAAACAGUCCGUUACUCUCAAUAAUGGGUUACGAUUGUAUAUUGGAGGUAAAGGACAUUGUCGUAAAUUUCCUGGUCAAAGAAGAAAUAAACGGGUUCAGUAUUUUGCAGACGUACAUUAUCUUAGUGUUAACUUAGAAUUGAUUCCACAAGGGAAGCAUUUAAACCAAGGAGAUCAUCAUAUAUUUUUUUCUGCCAAUCUACCGAGUUCAAUCCCAUCAUCAUUUGAAGGUAGUCAUGGUUACAUACGAUAUUACUGUGAAGCUAUGCUUUCAACUCAAGGAGAAUCAGAUCAAAGAGAGGCUAAGAAUUUUACGCUAAUUCAUCACAUAGACUUGGAUAAAGUACCAGCUGCUCGGGUGCCAAUUAAAGCAGAAGACAAUGAAUAUAUCCAGGGUUUAUGUUGUGGGAAUGUUGGUGAAUACACUGUAAAAUUAGAUGUUGAUAAAACAGGAUACGUACCCGGGGAAGAAAUGUAUUACAGGAUUCGUUUGAUGAACGCUAGUUCUUUAUCUACACGAUCUGUAUCUCUUAUUCUCAGACAGAUAACGACAUACAAAGGAUAUGAAGAUGGUAAAAAAUCUGGUCAAGAAUCAACAGACGUCCAGAUUCAAAUAUUUACACUGUUUGAGAACCAGGUCAUAGUUCAACCAGGAGAAAACAAACAGAUUAACAAUUCAGCCACGAUGCCAUGUCUUCCUCCAACUAAACUAGUCGACUGUGACAUCAUUGAUAUUAAAUAUAAUCUUGUGCUUACAGUACCUAUUCCAACAGCUGGUAAGGUUGAGAUUAUCCGAGUAAUUAUUAUAGGUACGAUGCCAGUACGUCCUGUUAUCCAGCCUUCAGAUCAUCAUCCUACUUCAACUUCGCCUCAACAUUUUGAUGAAGAGCCACCUACUUAUGAAGAGUGUGUUUAUGGAGGACCCUCAGGUCACAGUAAAGGUCAUGCUUCUGUGGAAUGGAGACCAAGAUUUCCAUAUUACCGGUCAUUGUCGAAAGAAGGGGCAAUGGUACAGCUUAGGGCACCCCCUGCUAGGGAAUAUUUACCCCCACCUGUUUUCCCACCUGGCGACAAUUGGGUUUGA